AUUAUAACCGCGGUACAUAAUACGGAAAUUUUGGUUAUCCGCUUGGAUUUGAUUAUGGUUAUGACUUGUGGUGUGGUUUUGUGGUUAUGACUGUCGUAAGUUGGCGUCUGAAGUGUGAAGUGGUGUCGUAAAGUUGAAAUGUUGAAUUCCUCCUCAAAUCUUGCCGGGAAAAUCGUAAUUCGGCCCCUUCAUGAAUGUUUUUAUGAUCUAGAUCCUCAGAGACCUAGGAAGUGAUAUGUUUGAGUGCAUCAAAUGUCUUCUGUUUACCUCGCAAAACUUGCAUUGAGUACCUGUUUUGUACUACAGACCUACAGUUUGCUAGAAUAAGUAUUUAACAUCAUUAUGGAAGAAGCCACAGUGGCACCUCGUACUUCGGAUAUACCCAAAAAUGGUCUCCUCAGAAAAUGUUUCUUAUCACUGGUUGAUCGAAAGAUCCUCUAUCUGGAGAUUGAGGAAUUAAACACUAUUCUUAACAACGAACUAAUGAUGAAUACAAAAAACCUAGACAGUGACUUAACCGAUGUUCUACCGUACAUUCUAUGCUACUACAUCAAACAUUGGCCAGGAUGGCAGAGGAGUAAAGAAUAUUUUAGUGGCAAACUGCAUUUCAAAGACUGGUAUGACAAAUUCAAGCAAUACAUUGUUUUGAAAAUGAACUACGCUAUCAGAAAUGCGUAUCCAGCAGCAAUGAAAAUGGAAAGUGAAGAAAUGAAAGCAAAGCUGGAAAAGUGUAUUACAAGAGGCUCUCAAACAGAUUAUUUGAGUACCAAGGGGACAUCACCUUGUUCGAUUGUGAUAAAUUGUUCCUCAAAUGCCGUUAACACUCUAGUCUUCACAGAUUCUGAAGAAAAUAUAUCUGUCACGUUUCCACUUCUUACAGACAAUAUAGUGAUAAAAAAACAUCCACCAUUGAAGUGGCCAGAUAUACAUUUGAGAGAUUUAGUGAAUUGGCCAUAUGUGACAGUGAAAUUCAUCAGUCCUGAGUUCAGCUUUGAGAGAAAAAAUUGUGGCACAUUUCAAAGAUAUCUUGCUUUUGCAAAUAUGCAGUUUCCUUCUUUUAAACAGGAUUAUAUUGAGGAGGUGUCUAUAAUUGAUGAGAAUAGUCCUAGGUUUUGUUAUACAGCAAAAUUGUUGGGAAAAUAUGUGACUGAGUAUAUAAAUGUUCUGGAAACUGUAGGAGAGGCUACCAGAGCAGAGAUAAAUAUAAUAGCAAUACUUUUUGACGAGUUUCUGAAAGAUAUAGAGGAAAUGGGCAUGAACAAUACAAUGGCAUCAAAUAGUUCGGUAGUGUUCAAUAUUGGAAGGAACCAUUAUUCAAGGACUAAGAAGAUUACUAAAGGAAAUACUGCGAUGACAGGCAUGAAGGCGGAGGUGAACUACUGCGAAAUGUUCAUCCCAAAAAUGGCAACCUCCCUCUUCUACUUCACUCCAUUCCAGGAUACAAAAGCCAACGACGUUUCUUUCGUGUAUCUUAACGAAUUCAAAAAUAAUGUUAGGACAGAUGUGCAAGAGCUGUUCCCCAAAGUGAAUUAUAAGUGCGAGUUUUGUAAUAUUCAGCAUACGACACCCAUGAAUAUGUUGGCGCAUCUCACACAGAUGCAUUCUAUGGAACCGAAUUUUAUAUGUCCAAAGUGUACAAAGCCGCUCAGGGUUCCCAACUUGGUCCAUAGUAGGUGGAAACAUGAAUGUACUGGUAAAUGAUAAAAUCAUAUACACAUACGGAUAGUAAAAAUAAGUGUUUCCAAAAAAUGUGCGCCUCCAGAAAUUAUAAGUGUUUUUAUCUUAUUUUAUGAAUGAUGUGUCCAAAAAUCAAAUGUGAAAUUUCGCCUCAAUGCUAUGAAGUGAGUUCGAGCAUAAUUUAUAUUUUCCACGCUUUUUUCGGCGAGAAAUUCAGAUGACUUACAUGGUUCCUUUUUCAUGAAUGAUUUAAUAAACUUAAACGUAAAUGGUACAUUCGUACUUUUUGCUGGAAAUACCGCAAUACACAGGUAUACAUAAAAUUAAUACCAAAAUUGAUAGUGAUACAACCAGUCAAAAAAUGGUGUGACAAGUAAUUAUCAAUAUUAAUAGGACAAAACUUAUGGUAUUUAAAUUUUCUACAGGGAAAUAAUUUACUAAUCAGCCUGAACUCGGCAGACGAGCGAAGAUGUAUCCAAACACAGGACUUGACCUUUUCACCAGCUACAAACGAUACCGUAGUCUGGGGGUAAAUUGGUCAUUUAUUUUCUUAUUUUAAUCAUAAAAUUUUAAAAUAUGCUUUUGGUCAUUACAAGUAUCAUUUUUUACGUUUGUUUACCUGACUUCCUACUAUCGGAAAUGAAAAAUGUUUUAUAGUUUUGGCAAAGAAAAAAACUACGAUUGAUCAAAUCCAUACCUUGUUUGGGACGAAUAUCAGCAUACAUUUUAUCGAACGUACACGUCGUAUUAAACAUAUAGACUUGAUCAAUUUCAUCCAAAAUGGAAUAAUAUUGAUAGUUUAAGAACUAUUUUUCAAAAACUGAUGGUGGUGAAAUUGACCAAUGCAACUGGUAUAGGUCUCCUAAUUUUAAUAAAUAUGUCAUUUUUUCAAAUCUUUAUUUUUAAUUAACAAUACAUUGCAGUUAUUAUACCAGUAUUUUCCAACAAAACAUAACAGCAGCAUAGGACAACUUGGAUUUCUUCGAUAGUUCUUUCACGCCAAUAUCCUUUUUGAAUUGGAAAAUGAUUUUUCCAUCGCAUUCUUCCAAUUGAGGGUUAGCAAAAACCGCUAUGAUAUCCUCUUCUUCAAGAAUAAAUUGGUCAUUAACCACAACUUUAAAAGUGUCUCGCGUGGUAUUCAUCGCUUUCAUACCCAGAACUUCAAUUCCAUGAUCUGUUAUGCCCUGUAGGUUGUUUUUUUCGACUCCCUCCUAGAACAGUAACUACCAAAUAUGUUCCUUUAUAUUUUCCCUAAUUGCGGAAAAUAUCAUGUUUCUUCAUUUAUUCCUUCAGGAACCUAGUCAUCGCAAUUGUCUUGUAAAACUGGUUCUGGUUCAUCAUCAGAGUUAGAUGAUUCAUUUGGAACUGUCACACUAUUUCCUGGCUGUGUGUCUAAGCGCUGUCUCUUGAUACUGUUUCUGAUACUUUACCAAAACGUCAUCAACGUUAUCGUUUUCGAGAAUUUUUUGAAGCACACGUCCGCACCAAAAGGCAAAAGUUGCCUUGAAGUUCGAUGCCAAAUCUAAUCUAAUGGCACCUUUACCAUCAUCAGUUUUUUAUCCAUUUCAGUCGGAGCACUUGAAAGCGAAUAUAGAAAAUUGAUAGAUUGAUCGACUUUCCUGAAUUAUUCGAGCUGUUGUCCCGAAUCAUUAUUACACAGUAUGCAUGUAUGCAGUAUGCAUGAUUCAUGCUGGCCAGCACAAAAAAUUCAAAGAUAAGCAAAAUGUAAACAAUGUCGUGUUCCCAUUACCUGCUCUUAGAACGGAUCAUUGCAUUUAUUUAUCGUUAAUUAGAUCGAGGGAAAUGAAAGGGUUUGGGUGGGUUGUAAUAAUCAUUCUGGAUAACAGCUCGAAUAAUUUGGAUCGAUCAUCCUUACAUGCAAGUCGAUCAAUCUAUCUAUUAAUCUUCGCUGUCGUCCUAUAUGAUUAUUACAUACUGUAGAUGUUCGUAGAGAAAAAAUAAACGGUUCAAUUAACCCUCCAUUAGGCGCGUUGAUUAUACUAACGUAUUUAGGCGCGUGGAUUACAAUGGUAAUCCAUUUUAUUUAAUUUUUGAAAUGUAAAAAAAAUAAAGAAAAAUUAAAAUAUGCAUUUUAUCGUAAAUAAAAGGCCUUCAUUAUAUGUAAAUAAUACAUUUGGUAUACCUUUUUCAGCUCAUGGAAAUCAUAAAUUAUUAUACACGUGCUUUUUUAAGCCUUUAUAUGCAAGUUUUCAAUAAUUGUUAUUAAGUUAAACAUUAAUUUAACUAAUACAGAAACUUAAGUAUUUUAUCCUAAAUAAAAGUGUUUGCCAACUUGAAUAAAUGCAAUAAUAACAAAUUAUAUAAUAUACAAAACGAAAAAUAGCAUGUCGAAUAUUUGCUACUUUUUACAUUGACAAACUAGACGUACACACUUCCACCAUAUCGUCGCCUUUCUCACGAAGUGUUCUAACUAACAAAAUACCAAAAGUUGAGAUAACCCGCAUAUAGGUGUAUUAUUCCAUGCAGGUUAAUCUGACGAAGAAGCAUAACUAUAUAUCUAUUAGUGUGGGCAACACACCGUUAGCCCCUGGGUGUCUUAUAUGCAAAGGUAAAUUUAUGAUUCCCACGAAGAGACCUAAAUGAAGAUAAGUCCCUUAGUGUCCAAUAAUCCUUGUUAGUAUACGCUCCUCGGUGGUGGAAUCAUGGCCAAAGUGAGGGAGAAUCUGCUCACAGUGCAUUCAUACGGCGAUAACGGGAAUUGGAGAUCCUUUUUGAACCCUCAUAACUCUAUCCGGUUUUUUGAUUCGCCAGAAAACGUCAACCUUAUUUAGUAAUUCCCAAUGAAUUUUUUGACUUCAAGAAACUUUCAAAAGAUUUAAGAAUAUUGUCCACACGGCAAGCUGAGGAGGGGCAAAAUAUUAAACGGAGUUCAUUGUAAUAAAAGACACGCCCACCAAAAUAUUUUUUAAGUCUAGCGACCACGAUACUAGUUAUGACAGUAUUGAGUUAAAAAGGCUGAUGAGAAAUAGUAAUAAUAUAAAUGAUAUUAAACUAGAACAACUUAAAAAUAACAAAAAAGAAGUACUCCGACUUAAUUUCGUUAUGUAAAAUCCGAAAACGCCAGAAAUCCAAAACUUUUACAAAAUUUGGCACAUGAAACGGAAUGAAUUACUGAUAAUUUUGCCUUUUUGAUGUAUCACAACACAACAUUUGCUGGUAAUAUGUCAAAAUAUAAUAUUUAAGUUAGUUGCUUUUCUUUUAGUUUUUAUUUCAAUAAAAAUUGGUUUGACGUUUCGAGUUGUUUUCUUCAUCUAAUCACGUCAUAUUUUUGUCAUAAUCUACAUCAAUUUUAGGCAUGGACAUUGAGGAAAAUAUUUUAGGGCGUAGCCAAACUUCAAAAGUCGAUCUGAACUUUUUUACAUAAACUUUGCUGUCAGCAGAC